AUGACUUUCUCAAAUGUAAAUUCUAAAAUACGGAAAUUCCUCGUAGGCGCUUUACUUUUAAAUCCGAUACAAAUAGUAUAUUCUGCUCCAGCUCGUUCAAGAAGUAAUUGGGUUUUUUGGUACUACGUAAAUGAUGGUCAAAAUAAAGGUUGUGCAAAUUAUUGUAUUCUUACUUUCUCAAUUGUAGGAAUUAUAAUUUUAAUAUUGAUCUUAUGUGGUUGUUGGAGUUGUUAUCGUAUAAAGAAACGAUCUGAAGAAGAGGGAGGAUGGUAUAAUAAUACCUUUCAUAGCUCGGAAAGUAAACAAAGACCUGGGAGAAGUCAUACGACUGAUAGUAUGUCGGAAGUCCGCUGA